AUGAUAAAAAACCAUCUAUAUAAGAAUUUUAAAGAGAAUAAAAAUAAAGAUAAUAUGGCACAGACUAGAAGAAAAAUUACCGCAGUACUAUAUGUUAUACUUAUAGUAGAAAUAAUUUAUUUUAAUAGUAGACCAGUAAAUGCGUCUACACAGGAACCUAUAAAUAUUUUCUUAGACUUCAUACAUAAUCAAAUAAAAAAAAGUAAUCCGUUUGCCACAGUGGACUCAGAUGCAAGCGAAAGGGAUGGUGCUAUUAUAAAUGCAAAUAGUGCGCCAGAAGCAGCAAUAAAUAAACAAGAGAAGAAUAAAAUAGAGGAUAAUAUCACUGAACACCCUGAAAGAAACCCCGAAAGAGAAUUCAGAAAAAGUCGGCAAAGGCGGAGAGUAAGUUAUAAAUCCAUUUUAAUGAAAAUAGAAGACUUUUAUUUAAAUUUCGAAGAUGUUACAGAAAAGGAGCUAAGAGGAUACUUUUACAAAUUGGUGAACGUUGCCAGAACAGAUAGGAUUAAUAGCUACCAAACUGUAAUAAAUCCGGACUGCAUUGACAAAUUAAUACAAAACUUUGUUAUUAAUAAUGGAACUACAAGAAAGAAAGAGAUAAAAACAUUUGCUGAUCUUAGAAAUAUGAUAUUUACUAACUAUAAAAUCAUAAAUGUGUCUACCCUUAGCGCAGACGCGCAAAAAUAUUUCCCCAUUGUAAAAGAAGACUUUAAAAACAUGAUCGAAACACACUAUAAACUAAGAAAUCCAGACAAACAGAAAGAUUUAUUUGAAGAGUAUGCAAUAAGUGAUGAACAGCUGGCUAAGAUGUUUUUAGAAGUGAAUAAAUCCCCAGAUGUGUACAAAAAGUAUAGAUUGGGGGAUAUUAUGCUGUAUGAACCACCUAGUACUAUGGUAGACAAAACAGUUGACUACUAUACAAUAGAAACAAUCAAAAAGACUCUGGGCGAUCUUAAUGGUAGAAUAUGCGAUGCACAAGUAAAAAUAACCGAAUUUAUUGGGAUGAUGCUUUUAGAAAUAGAGCAUUUUGGGGUCAACCUGCCUAAAUUUAGUGUAACCAAAAAGCGCGUAGUGGCCCAUUUUAUUUCUAAGUCAAUCUCGAUAGAUUUAAGCGACAGCAGUGAAAGUACUUCCAAAUUAACAAUAAUCCAGCUUAAGACUAUAUGGAAAUUUACAAACAAGUGUUUUAUCCACCAGAUACCCAGCGUCUUUAAGUUCAUUGAGGAUGUGUCAAAUAUAGAAACCCCCUAUAGAUUAGAAAAUUUAAAACAGUAUGUAUAUGAAUAUAGGGAUGAGUAUAUAACAGAGAAUAACGAAUAUUUCUCAAAAAUAUAUUCCAUGAUUGAGAGUUUACAGACAGAAAUUAACAAUGUCAACACAUCAAAUACCAGUGUAAGUAGGAUUAACAAAAUGGUUGAUGAAAUACUGUACUUAGUAUACAACGCAGUGGUUCUACUAACUUUAACUAUAGAAAACUUCACAAAUAAGCUAGAUGAUGUGCAAGGAUACAAAGCACUGGUCAAUAGGACGGGCCCAUCCCACCCACUGCUACAAAACCGCGAUGAGUUCUUUGCAGCGAUGGGUGAUAUAAAGAGCUAUGUAAAGUAUAUACAGAAAAUAGCAAAAUAUGCUUUCAAGCACAUAGGAUACGUAGACAGAAAAAAUGGCUUAAACAUGGAGACAGACAAUAUUGAUGAUUUAGAAAAAGUGCGGCGAACCUGGUCUUCUUACAACAACAAAGUAGCUGAACCAACAAUAUUUAGCAUAUUUCUUAAUAUGUUAUUUCCAGGCUCCGUGUAUUUAACCCGAAAUUCUUUAUAUAAUUAG